AUGCGGCGGAUCCCAGGGCCGUCAAUAUCGCUGAUCUCAAAUGCGAUUUUGCCCCGAAUUCGUCCGUGUCUAUCGCAAAUCGCCAUCAACAGGGAGUUAUCAGGAAAUGCUGCGCUACCCCACCGAACUCGAACGCUUCAUCAGAAGCUAGAAGGAAAACAAAUGCGAAACUUUUCUUCCGCUUCUCUACCAACUCACAUAAAAGUGCCUCUCCCCGCUCUGUCGCCGACGAUGGAACUUGGAACAAUCGUUGCUUGGCACAAGAAAGAAGGCGAUCAAGUUGCUGAAGGAGAUCUCCUUUGUGAUAUCGAGACGGAUAAAGCCACAAUGGGAUUCGAGACACCAGAAGAGGGAUAUUUGGCGAAAAUUCUCUUUGAAGCUGGAACAAGAGAUAUUCCAAUUGGAAAGCUUGUUUGUAUCAUUGUUUCAAAUAAAGACGAUGUGGCCGCGUUCGCGUCGUUUAAAGAUGAACAAACUACCCCUAAAACAACAACUCCACCAAAAACCGAAGCAAAGCCUGCCGAAACAAAAGAGCCCGCCGCUUCUCAAGAGACAAAGCACGGCGCACAUAAUUCUGAGUUGAUGGGGCCCGCGGUUCGAUUACUAUUUCAUCAUUACGGACUUAAGGCUGAAGAUAUUAAACGAAGUGGACCCAAACAAAAUGUUUUGAAGGAAGAUGCCCUCGCCUACAUUGCUUCUAAAAAACUUCAACCCAUUAAAAGAGAAACAAAGCCGGUGCAACAAGCAAAGGACACAACCAAGUAUGAAGAUAUUCCAUUGACAAAUAUUCGAUCAAUUAUAGCAAAACGUUUGCUUCAAUCUAAACAAACAAUCCCUCAUGAAUAUUUGUCAAUCGAUAUUCGCUCAGAUAAAUUGAAUGCGCUGAGAAGAGAUUUAAAAAACAAGAAAAUAGCCGUUUCAAUUAACGAUUUUCUGGUCAAGGGUUGCGCACUCGGACUGAGGGCAGUACCCGAAGUGAAUGUUCAAUGGAGCAAUCAAACGUCGGUUCUAAUGCAAACAGUUGAUAUUUCAAUUGCUGUAGCUACAGAAACUGGUCUAAUCACCCCGAUAGUAUUUGGUGCUGAUAGGCUUGGAAUUAUGGGGAUCUCUGAAAAAACAAAGGAGUUAGCUAAAAAGGCGAAAGCAAACAAAUUGGCUCCAAAUGAGUUCCAAGGAGGCACAUUUACCAUUUCGAACCUUGGAAUGUUUGGGAGCGUCACAAAUUUCACCGCCAUAAUCAAUCCUCCUCAAUCGGCAAUUCUGGCAGUUGGUGGCCCAAGAAGUGAAUUGGAUGAGGAGCUCAAUACUUUUUCAAGAUUUGCCGUCACGCUAUGUUAUGAUUCAAGAGCAAUUUCGGCAGACUCUGCAAAACGUUUCCUUGCUCAUCUCUCACAAUCACUUUCCGAUCCAGAGUUAAUGCUUGUGGAGCCGCUGCUUGAAAGCCAAUUUGAUUUUUCAAAGCUUCUG